AUGCCCCAUGCGGAAUCCCCUGAACCUCUACUGCCAUGGGAAGAACAAUUGUUCGUCAAUGAUGGGCCCUUGACUCCCGAUCAGUACGCCGAUUUACGGCCGACAACGCUAGACAUUCCAAUCGAGGAGGCUCGCAAGCGGUAUGAAGAAGAUGGAUACCUUUUCAUAAAAGGUCUUUUGCCGAGAGAGGAUGUUCUCAAAGCGAGAGAGGAAUAUUUCAAGCUUCUGUCCCCCAGCGGUGUACUCAAACCAGGCACUAAGCCCGUCGAUGGCAUCUUUGAUGAAACCAAGGACAAGCUUGAUUUUCCCGGCAUUGGAGCUGGUUUUGCAGAUGCCAACGGCCGGCCAACAGGACCGCACCCCGAAGUGGCUACGUUGUUUGUGGAACUGGCUCUGAAAGCGCACACCGAGGACUGGUACAAGGAAGACUUCUGCAAACACCCAGCUUUGCGGAACUACAUCGCAAAACUAACGGGUUGGGGCGAUGAUACACUGGGAAUCAGAAGGACGCUCUUGCGGAAUAACACUCCCGGAAACAAGGCCAUCGGAGUACAUUAUGACCAGAUUUUUCUAAGACAUGGUGAGGACACCGCAGUCACUGCUUGGGUACCUAUGGGAGAUAUCUCAAGACCGGGCGGUGGAUUGAUCUACCUCGACAAAGGCCACACCUUGGGUGCAGAGAUGGAGCAUGACUUCACCACAAAAGCGAAGGCCACAGGAUUGACAGACGACGAGGCCAAAAGCGCGUUCAACCAGAAUAUGAUGAGCGGAGGGUUGCUUGCGGACGGCCCUGCGGAAUUUGGGAAGCAAUGGAAUCGCCGCUGGCUGUUGACAGCAUACGAGGCUGGUGAUGUGGUGCUUCAUAACGCAUAUGCUAUUCACGCCUCGACAAUUAAUCACGACCUUGAGAACAGAAUCCGAUUAGGUACGGAUCUUAGAUUCGUCAAUCAGUCUCGUCCAUGGGACACCCGAUGGGCGAACGAUUACACUUUCGGCGAUGGUGUUUGA